GGAAAUAAGCAGCAUUUUUAAAGAUGGCGGAGCAAGGGCCAAUGGCGAUAGCUAUGCGGCUAAGAAAUCAACUCCAGUCCGUAUAUAAGCUCGACCCUUUACGAAAUGAGGAGGAAGUCAAGUUGAAGAUCAAAGACCUGAACGAGCACAUAGUGUGCUAUCUCUGUGCUGGGUACUUCAUCGAUGCCACAACUAUUACAGAGUGUCUGCAUACAUUCUGUAAAAGUUGUAUUGUGAAAUACCUCCAAACCAGCAAGUAUUGUCCAAUGUGCAACAUAAAGAUCCACGAAACACAGCCUUUAUUGAACCUGAAAUUGGAUAGAGUGAUGCAAGACAUUGUCUACAAACUGGUUCCAGGACUUCAAGAAAGUGAGGACAAGCGAAUAAAAGAAUUCUAUCAGUCGCGUGGGCUUGAGAGAGUUGUCCAACCCUCUGGAGAAGACUCCAUACCAGAUGCUACAGGAUUACCUUUCACCACCUUUGACUAUUCCAAGGCCCACUUUUACAGAUACGACGAGCAGGUCUCGCUUUGUCUAGAGAGGCAAAGUUUAUCUCUGUCUGGAAAAAAAGAUAAGACCAAACUGACUCUUCAGCAGAAGUUUGUGCGCUGCUCGGUCCGAGCCGAGGUGAGACACCUGCGUAAAGUGCUGUGUCAUCGACUGAAUGUGGAGAAGCACCAGGUCCAGAUGUUUUUCAAUAAUGAGUUCCUUCCAGAUCACAUGACCAUGAAACGGCUGUGGCUCUCUCACUGGUUUGGCAAGGCUCAACCGUUGGUCCUUCACUACACGAUCAAGGACAAAAGGACAAGAUAGGAUUUUUUCCCCCUUUCUAAUGACCUCAGCAGCUGUAUAUAUUUUGUUUAAUAUAUAGUAUAUUUUAAUAGUGUUUGUGUACAUAUGCGUAUUUUCCUCUUUGUAUUCAAAAAUAAAUAGUGGACAAAUG